AUGAUCCAGUUUUCUAUUUGUCUUACAGAUACAAGGCAACAAAGUCUUUAUUCUAAGUUUCAUUUUGUGGACCUUGCUGGAUCUGAAAGAGCUCAAAAAACUGGCAACAUUGGUGAACGUCUGAAAGGUAAUAUAGUUGGGAUAGAUAAAUCAGAAUCUGUUCACAUCAACCAUGGAUUGUUUGCUUUAAGUGGUGUGAUUUGUGCUCUAACUGACACAAGAAGUGUUCAAACUCCUCAUAUUCCUUACCGACACUCAAAAUUAACCAGAGUGCUAAAGGAUUCGUUAGGAGGAAGUGCAGCAACUGUGAUGAUCUGUUGUGUCAGCCCACUUCUUGUUGACCUUGAUGAAAGUUUGAAUGCACUUAAGUAUGCUGGCAGGUGCAGAAAUAUAAGAAAUCUUCCACACAUUAAUUCAAAGGCUGUGCAGAAUAAAAUCAAGAACUACGAAAUUCAAACUCAGCAAAAACCUGAUAAUUUUUGUGGAGUUGAUCCUCAACGUAGUGAUGCUGUGUUGUUUCAUAAUAAGCUAGAUAACCUGAUCUUUUCUUUAUGUAAUGAUGCCAACCAGUUGUUUUCUGCUGUUUCACAUCUGUUUACAGCACACUUAAGCCACAGGUUCAAGGAGUGGCAACAGAGAUUUCUGCAGAUUAUAGAAUCUGUUGAGCAACAGUCACCAUACUAUAGAAAUUUAAUUCUACAGAAUUUAAAAGUUCUGCCAAAUAUACAGCAAAAGGUUUCAUUGGAGUCUGUUCCAAUUAGAAAGUGUCAAUUUGAAUUACCGCUAGAAGGUCUGGCUUUGAAAACUCAGAUAAAGAGAGAUUUGUUACUACAAGAGGGAAGAAAUCAAAAGCAGCAAGCCAAGACUAGUGAUCAAGACAAAGAUAAUUCUGUGAAAAAAACACUUUCUAAGAGACUACCAAAACAAAAGGAGGCACCAAGUCAACGUCUUACAACUGUUGACGCUUUCAGUACAACACUUUCAUCUGAACUCCAUCAAGAAAAAAUGGAAAAGAAAAGAAUUGAGGGGGAAUUGAAACUAAGCAGAAAACAAGUAAAUAAUUUGCAAAAAGAGAUUGAUCAGUUCCAGAAAGCUAUAAAAUUUCUUACAGUGGAAACAAUUGCUGUUCGAUGUAAAAUGAAAAAAACAAGGGAAGCAUAUAAAGACCAGUCACUUGUGAAGGAUAAACAGCAUUUGUUACCUGUACUGAGAAAUGGACUUGAAUGUACAGGAUCUGCACCUACACUCAUUUGCUCACAAAAAAACCCAGAGAGUAUGAAGAUAGAAUCUCUCCAAUGGUCUGAUGCACUCUCUCGUCCGUUUGUUGCUUCUUACUCAGGGUUGAACGUAAAUAAAGAAGAACAUGGAGGAGUGCUACUUGAUGACCUGGAGAAACAACUUAUUUAUAUACAAGGAUGUGACUGCCUCAGAAACAACAACUUAUUUCCAGGAGAUGUGAAGAGAUCUGGUUGUUCUCUCAAAGUCGAAAAAACUCCUCCCUCUAGGUUCAAAACUUUUAUUAUGAGAGAUUCUAGAGGAAACACAGAGAAAAGACUGACUGGAGAAGAUUAUAUGGAAAUAAAAAGCAGAAAAAAAGAGCUAACGGAGAAUAAUAGAAUUGAAAAAAGUCCUGACUUUAAAAGUGGAAUACCUCGAAUGAUUAAAAGACACUUAGCAAAGCCUUUCCCAGAAGAGGAGGAUAUCAUAUUUUCAAAGCGUCAGCAUCGACCACAAACUCAUCGCAUUAUUAAAAGUCACUUACGAGAAAUGACAGAAGCUGAAGUUGAAGCAAGGCGAAGAUAUAAGUGGAUAGUGAAAACUGGUUUAUGAAUAUUCUGCUAUUGCAUUAAAGGAAUCUUUGUGUAUUUUGAAUUUAAAAAAAGGCAUUCUCCAAAAGAUAGAAAAUAUUAAAAACUUUGAUAGAUAUUUCUUCCUAAACAAUUAACUGUUUAAUGACAAGAACACAAGUGUGUUACAAUAAAAACUUAAUAUUGAAAUUGGAUGUAACGUUUUUAAUGAAAUACAAUCACUCUCUCAGAAAGAUAGCAUUUAUAAAAACAUAGAAUAAAUUAUGUUACUAAGUAACAUUUAAGUAAAUCUUUGCAAUGACAAUCCCACCCAUUAUUUCAAGUCUUAUAGAUGAUACUUAACCUGCCUAAUAUUCAGUGACCCUGGAAAAGUGUAUUUCAGGUUUUCCCACUAUAUCU